GUUUCUUAUUGAAAUGAGAGAUCACCUCUAAAGCACUUCUUCAGUUUUUCUCUUUAAUUUCAGUCUUUUUGAAAGCUUUUUCUACUAUCUUUGGCUGCAGAUCACCUCUUUGGGUCUAGGUGGAGUUAUCUGGUGUCAACUAUAGGCUCUAUCCAUGACAGGUUGAGAAGACAUCGGAAUGAAAAAAGAUAAUACCAUUAUAAAAGUGUUGAUCUUGAACAGACUACUACUGACAAAGAUGGACCUACUUAUAAUUUUCGGUCACCUGCUGCUUUUAUUUUUUGAUUCCUCUGAAGCCACAAGCCUAAUUACAGCGGACUUAUUUGAAGCUAGAGGUCAACGCGUGUGCAAGGCAGGAAAAGGCAAGCCGUGUUACAAGCUGGCUUAUUUCUCCGAGCUCCGGCGCCGGCUGAACUUUGUCGAGGCCGAGCUCGCCUGUAGACGGGACGGAGGGCAGCUGCUGAGCGUGGAGUCAGAAUCUGAACAGAAGAUCAUAGAGCAGCUCAUUACAGAGCUCCGCCCAACUGAUGGAGACUUCUGGAUAGGUCUCCGCCGUAACCAUGGAAACGAGGACAGCAGCCUGGAUUGCUCCUCACAGUACUACUGGCUGGACGGCAGCAAGUCGACUUUUAGGAACUGGCACUGGGAUGAGCCAUCAUGCGGCUAUGAGGUGUGUGUGGUGAUGUAUCACCAGCCGUCAGCUCCUCCUGGUCUGGGGGGUCUGUACAUGUUUCAGUGGAACGAUGACAACUGUGAAACUAAAAACAACUUCAUCUGCAAAUACAAUGGAGAGAAACCACAGGACCCUUCCCCUUCUCCAAACUCCACUAAGUCAAAUGUUUUGCCUUCAUCAGUGCUGCCGUGGAAUCCAAGAGAAAACAUCCAGGACAGAAGUACAGUUCUGAAACUGGUUUACAUCAUUAUUCCCACCAUUCCCCUCAUACUUCUUUUACUGACGGUGACCGGAGUCUGCUGCUUCAAACUGCUUGUCAGACGAAGGAGGAAAGAGCAGAAAUCAGAAGUAUGCCAGACAGAGCCAGCGUUGGAAAACAGCACAACUCCAACUGAUGUCUACAACGUGAUUCGCUCCCAAAAGGACGAUGACCUGAUUUCAGCCCGCCCAAACACCAAAAACACUUCCUUUCUUUGCUCCUCCCCCGACACACCCACAGGUGACUAUGACAACCUGGGGGGCCGGGACACAGAGAGUGGCUUUGUGACACUUGCCAGCACGGAAAGCUGCUUUCUCAACUUCGACCUCAAUGACCUCAGCCUGGGGCGUCGAGGCACUCGUGACUUCUACGACACCAGCCUUGGCCGCUCAGGAAAGAGGGAUCUGAAGGACGGCGGCCUGAGCUGCACCGGACACAGAGACUUUUACGACAGGAGUUUGGGUCGUCGUACAACCAAGAGUGAGCAUUACGGCAGCAGCGUCUAUGGUGACCACGGGUUGUAUGAUGGCAGCAUCAGAGGAGGGAGCGACCUCUGUGACUCUAAACUGAGGCCUGGAAGUCACACAGUAAAGGCUGACCUCUAUCAGACUUACAUCACCAACGGCAAAGAGGACUCCUUCCAAACCAACCUCGGGACCUAUGGAAACCGAAAAUCCUACCAAGCUAAUCUGGAUUGCUACAGAAAUGGUCUGAAUCUGGAUGGUGGAAGGAGAUACUUCAAUGAACAAGAUUGGAUCAAUAGUAGAGAAAACUACUGAUCCUGUAAAAAGCUCCUGUAUUGUGUGCUGCAGUGUAUGUGUGCCUGUAGAUGAAAGAAUGGCAAAAAAAAGACAAUGGUGCACGUUCUUGGUUGUAAUUUGAUUGCUCAAUAUAUUUCUGUAGCCUUUUAUAAGAUUGAAGUAAGGUGUGAAUAUAUCCUGUGAAUGGCUUCUAACUCAACUUAAAGAAAUGAAGUCACAUUCAUUUGGAAGAAUAUACACUUUAAUAUGGAAGCCCCAAGUCCCUAAGUCCUAAGGAAGAUAAGCUUGAGAAAACUGAAAUUAACUUGUCAUCACUGGAAAACAAGCGUUAUCUCGUGAUCAUCAGAUAAACAAGUUGAGAUCUCUAGAAAACAAAUCAACUUCCUACCAUGACAGGAAAAUUGAGCAAAUAAAAAGCAUCUCUUUAAGAUGAGAUAUUAAAUUAGGACUUCCAUUAUUUUUCAGUUUACAUUUUCUUUACAGUUACGGGAGUUUGCUAAUGCAUAUAUGAAAAUUGCUAUUCAAAGCCUUGUGUGGAUUCAGAGGGAGCUGAGUGAAGUCUGGUAUUUUGUCUCUGAUAAUAUCAUUUACGUCUGGAUCGUUUGGAGAUGGAAGACAAGUAUGAUGAUGAGACCAAUGUGGAGUUGGGCAGUUUAAAAUAUGUUUUCGACAUACCUCAGCUUGAGGUUAAUUUGGCUGUUACAAGCACAACACACCGAAACAUCAGACUGAAUUUCAAACUUUUUAGUUGCAUUGUUGGUUAAGCAGAAGCAUGUUUGCACGUCCAUGGCCUUCCGUCAUUGCUUGAUAGCAUAACCAUAACGAUCUUACACCAUUUUAUUUGCUGUACCCAAAAUCCUUUAUAAAUCACACAAUUUGACCUGAUAUAACAGGCUACCUCUAUCAGAUGAACUCGAACUAACAUUGCUUGAGUGAGCGGGGUGCGGGUGGGGGGAGGGGUGUUUGAUAUGGCCUUAAACUGCAAGAUGUCAAGUAUUUGAAUGUUAUUUUAUUGAUAUACUGUACAUGUUUACUAUUUAUCAAUUGUGUCCUGUUUGCAUUCGGGUGAUUCAAAGAUGUCCUAAAUUGAUGCUUACGAGUGGAAAGGUGAAUUCAGCUGGAGUGUCUGCAGCCCGGCCACAGCAAGAGCAUGUUAUCGAGGAGAAUGAUAAAAUAAAGCAUUAUUAUUGAUUUCUGGAUGUAUAAUGCCUUGAACUCUCUCCUGUAAGUGAGAGUUGUUUGUAUGUUUGUCACAUAAAGAAAUCUUGAAAUAAAGUGAGAUUAAAAUGA